CUUGACAGCUGUCCAGGAUGUAACGAUUUGAAAAUGUCACUGCCAAGAUCACAUACCGUGUUUUAUCACCUUAUCAUAUUUAUUUCAAGUGCUUUUAUUAGAGCGAAAAGCCAAAAUACGACAGAGUGCCACAAUACAGACCUGGGCAAGUCGCUGGUUAUCAUCACCCCACAAUUCCCGGCGGUGUUCUGUACAGGAACAUUGCUGAAUGGAAAAUACGUGCUGACUGCAGCGCAUUGCUUGCUGAGGACCAGACUGUAUGUCUACGCGGGAUUAGGGGAAGACAGCACGAAUGAAGAGCAGAUGGUUAAGUCAGAAGUUCAAGAUUACCAUGUGCAUUCAGGACUUUCAGGUAUUUACCAGACCUACAGAAUGAGACCAUACAGAAAACGAGUGGACUAAUAGAAAACCUAGUCGAAAUGCAUCUUGAGGCACUUAUUGGUAAAGCGACGAUAGAGUCAAUCAGAUACUUGAAAUUUCUCGCAUCCGUAGGCUCUUUACUUCCUAAUAACCACAACAGAACUGAACUCGAUUGGACAAAUAGUUUUUGAGAAAUUCUAAUUGCUUAUCCGGAAACAGCUUUCUUCUGGCCUUAUACAAGCUAUAACCGCAUAACCAUGGUUAACGACGUCGCAGUAGUCCACCUAAAAACCCACAUCGAUGAAAGUGAUUCUAUCAAAUAUGUCCAUUUCCGCAUCUCAACCAUACCUGCUUACGAAUGGGACUCAUGCAAAGAUGGAGCCUUUGUCAUGGGUCUGAUGCAGGCCAACGCUUCUUCCACCUCAGGAGCUAUAUAUUGCUCUUCAGCCACUGUCUACCCUGGAACCGAAUGUGCAGAAGUCUACAAAAAAGGGCGGUUUGAAAGGGACAUGUGUGUCCUGCUGGAUUUUAGAGAUCUGGGAUGCGUUGGAGAGCCUGGAGGACCGGUGUUCUGUGGAGAUGCCCAAAUUGGAUUGAUUUCGUGGGGAGGGUGUGCCUCGGGGAUGCUGUGCAAGGUGUGGGGCAUGCCGACGCAGAAGUCGAAGAAUGUUGGGCUAGGUGUAGGCAAAAGGUUGCUGAAAGGAAUGGAUGACAGGCUAUGUGCAGGUGGUGGUUGUGCCAAAGCAAAUAUGAACAAUCCGAAACCCUUCAACGGAUUCCCGUUCGCAGUGGUCAACGUGGACAAGAAGAUCAACUUCAUGCGCCAGUAUGCUGGGGAGAUAAGAGCUGACGCCGGGGUGGCCUCCUUACAAACAAGAUUUAGUUGGAGUAUCAUUGCCUACAACUUUGUCGCACUGAUCAUGCUUGCAAAACCCGUAAUUGCAUAGAUGCAGUGAUUGUAUUAUUAGCAAGAUGCUACAAUAAAUAUCCGAGUAAAUCAAACCUCAUUUUGAACAUAACACAGGCGCACAAAAUAAAAAAUGCUG